UACACCAGGUCCACGGAGCCACGUGCAGCCGGGGCCUUCCCGGUGCUGCAGUGGCGAGGUGAUAGUGUUGUCAUUUCGGGCGGACCAGAAGACUGGGGCUGAGCAUUUCGAGCGCUCCCUUGCCCUCGCUGGAGACCCAUUGGUCUGCGUUCCCCUCCGGCCUUGUAGGUGCCCAGUGACCACCCCUCUCCUAACUAGUCAAGCCGAGCCAGUCCACAGAGGCAUUACCCAGCCUGGGCUGCUGCCCGUGAACCUUUUCCCUCUUGGCCCUUACAAGUUCUCAAGAGCAGGAAACCAUCUUAAAGUGUAGGAGAGAAAUGACCACGCUAAUUCUGAGAGAACCGCUGAGCGACCUGGUGAGAGGGUUAGGGUGCAGGAGAAUCUAGCUGGCUUGGAAAUCCAGACCCACUUUCGAGGAAACUUCCCCAAAUGAGGGAUUGUAGAAGCUCUUGAUGCUGUGCUGGGCUGACCUGUAAGGAAGUGAGCAGAGAAAACCCCUGCCAGCCCAGUUACCCCUAGCAACCUGCAACAGUUCACCUAGCCUGAAGAAGCUGAACAGAGGAAUCUCUGUCUCAGUGGUCGGUGUUGGACUUGGAUUUGUGAAGGCGCUGAAGAAGGUUCAACUUCGGCAGGGACAGGAUGCGUGCACAGCCCUCAGGACUCAGGACUGGAGCUGAACCUCAGGUUGAGUGUCCACGACUGUCCUCUCCCGGCAACAUGGUGCCCUCUUGCCCGGCAGCAGCAGAGAAGGCAGCGAAGCAGCCGGCCCUGGAUCCCACUGAGCCCUGGGAGCUCAAGUCCUGGCGGGUCCUGGUGGUCUCCCUCUGCUUCUACGGCUUCAUGGCGCAGAUACGGCCCGGCGAGAGUUUCAUCACACCCUACCUCCUGGGGGACAAGAACUUCACCAUGAGGAAGGUCACCAACGAGAUCCUGCCGGUGCUGCCCUACUCCUACCUGGCGGUCCUGGUGCCAGUCUUCCUGCUGACCGACUACCUGCGCUACAAGCCGGUGCUGGUGCUGCAGGGCGUGAGCUACGUGUCGCUGUGGCUGCUCCUGCUCCUGGGCCACACGGUGCUGCACAUGCAGUUCAUGGAGUUCUUCUACAGCAUCACCAUGGCGGCCCGCAUCGCCUACUCCUCAUACAUCUUCUCCCUGGUGCGCCCCGAGCGCUACCAGCGCAUGGCAGGCUACUCACGCUGCGCCGUGCUCUUGGGCGUCUUCACCAGCUCGGUGCUGGGCCAGCUGCUUGUCUCCGUGGGCAGCCUCUCUUUCACUGUGCUCAACUACAUCACCUUGGGCUUCCUGACAUUCAGCCUGAUGCUCACCCUCUUCCUGAAGCGCCCCAAACGCAGCCUCUUCUUUAACCGCAGCACACCCUCAGACCACGCAGCCCUGCCCUCCGAGCUGGACCGCAUGGCCCUCGGGGGCCCCAGCAAGCCAGUCGGCGGCAAGUAUGCCACACUGCUGGCAGCCUGGCGGGACUCUGUGCUGGUCCGCAUGUGCCGUGAGCUGGGGACCAGACUGCAGCAGCCGCAAUUACGCCUCUGGUCCCUCUGGUGGAUCUUCAACUCCGCCGGCUACUACCUGAUCACCUUCUACGUGCACAUCCUGUGGAACAGUGUACAGGACACCCAGCGCAGCUCUAUGGUCUACAACGGCGCGGCUGAUGCUGCCUCCACCCUGCUGGGUGCCAUCACCUCCUUUGCUGCAGGCUUUGUGAAGAUCCGCUGGGCCCUGUGGUCCAGGUUGGUCAUUGCCACGGUCACUGCCAUCCAGGCGGGCCUCAUCUUCCUCAUGAUCAGCACCAACAACAUCUGGGUCUGCUAUACCACCUUUGUGCUCUUCCGAGGUGCCUACCAGUUCCUGGUGCCCAUUGCCACCUUCCUGAUUGCGUCCUCGCUGUCCAAAGAGCUCUGUGCCCUGGCCUUUGGGAUCAACACAUUCCUUGCAGCCUCUCUCAAGACCCUGAUCAUCGCCAUCGUGGCAGAUAAGCGGGGCCUGAACCUCCUAGUCUGCUCGCAGUUCCAGGUGUACUUCGGGUACUUCCUGAUGCUGUCCGUGCUGUACUUCGCAGGGGCCUUGUUGGUGGACCUGCGACGCCAUCUUCGCCAGGGCCGCCACCAACUCGUGGCCCAGGAGAUGACAAGCCCCACACAGAAGGACACACAGGUGCCGGGUGUGCAGGACAAGGGACUUGGCAGCCUGUCGCUCACGGGCCCACCGCUGCCUCCACAGGACAGUGCGCAGACGCCAUGGCCCACUGCCCACAAGCAGAGCCUGCUGCCCAAGGAGGCCUGAGCCGCUGGCUCUACCUCUUGACGUGGACAC